GAAAGUAAACAGAAUCGAGGAAAUUCUCUGCACGGGGAGCACUGAGUAGUUUGAAAACAAAGAAACAACAGAGCAUCUGUGACCUAGAAGGUGAACUCCUGUAACAACAUUUACGGAUCAUGAUUUCAAUUGCUGCGCAAAUUGUUCUGUAUUUGUUUUUGUGCCUUUUUUCGGUGGAAAACGGUUCCUAUCCGAAGUCUGGAAAUGGUUUUAUGAUUAAUGGUUCACGGCUUUGAAACUGUCGUCUAGAGAUGGCCACAGCCAGCAGUUUCCUGUCUGAAGAUCAGUUCCUAUGCUCCAUUUGUCUGGAGGUUUACACCGAGCCAGUUUCUAUUCCUUGCGGCCACAACUUCUGCAAGGCCUGUCUCACACGGCACUGGGCAGACAAAGACCAGUGUCAGUGCCCACUCUGCAAGGAGAAGUUCGGCAAAGGCCUCAAACUUUGCGUCAACACCGUUUUCAGGGAGGUGGUGGAAAAUUUUAACAAACAUCAUGUGGCUGCCGACAGCGAUUCAGUGGUUAAACCAGGACAGGUGCCGUGCGACUGCUGCAUUGACAACAAGCUCAGGGCCUCUAAAACCUGUUUAAUUUGUUUGGCCUCUUACUGCGAGACGCAUCUGGAGCCGCAUCACAGAGUUGCUGCCUUAAAAAGACACAAACUGACUAAUCCUGUGCACAACCUGGAGGACAAAAUAUGCAAGAAACACAACAGGAUAUUGGAGUUCUUCUGCAGGAAUGACAACUCUUGUGUUUGUGUCAUGUGUACAGAACAUAGCGAUCAUGACACAGUCCCAUUAAACGAAGAGUAUGUUGACAAAAGGGCGAAGAUGGGGAAGAAAAAUGCGGAAGUGCAGCACGGUAAACAGAAACGAGGAAAGAAGGGUCAGAAGAUGAAAGGGUCCGUGCAGAACAAGAGGAAAGGCAAAGAUGAAGCGAGGGCAAACAGUGUGGUUUCUAAUCAAAUGAUAUAUCCUCCUGUUUGGUGGUUUCCUAGUGAAGUCCCACACCAUUUCUGUGAAUAUUGCCACAUCCCUGUAGACAGGGGGUUUUCUGGUGGGAGGUACUUCUACGUGGUUCAGGCCAGAGGGAGGGCAGGCUGGGAUUUAGGAAUAAUCAGGGAAUCGAUGAACCCCAGGGACGGAAACUGGAUCGUAAGGUUGAGGAGCAACGGAAAACCUGACAGAGUCCUGGUGUUUGUAGAUUAUGAUAGUGGACAGGUGUUCUUCUAUGACGCAGACAACAAGAUCUUAAUGUACUCUAUCACUGACUGCAACUUCAGCGGGAGAGUUUUCCUGUUCUUCGGCCCUCCCCAGGACGCUAGCUGGACACAGAGACUGCAAAAGUGGUGUCAGAAGAUUUGGCGGCCAGUAGAAAAUCCAGAUGCUCCAUUCCUCCUCGCGGCUUUGGCUGGGCUUUCAAUUUAUUAUCUGUUGUCUUUAUUUUAGCAUGUAUGUUUAAACUUAUAAUGAUCAAAUGGAGUAUAAUCAUCAGUGCUUAAAAACUACAGUGAUGACAGUUCACCUGUGGUUCAGAAACUUGCUAUGCUUGUUUUUUGUUCAUGAAUUAUUUUUUUAAUAUACAGAAUGAAUUUACAUAAACCUUUCAUUUUCUACAAAAUGUGCACCUUUACUGUUUGCACUUUAGCCCUUUAGGAUUGAGUGCAUAGUGACAGAAACACCACUAGAGGGAGACAUUUACUGGUCAUUCACACGCCCAGGACUCCCUUUUGACAGAGGAAGUGGCGUAUUUCAACAAGUAUUUCAUUUUAAAUUAGUUUAUGGUUUUUUUUAAAGCUUUAAUCUUAAAUCUAAGUUUUAGUUAAAGAGAAACAUUAACUAUUAUUACAGUUUACACAGCAGUAAAGUUGUUAAUAAUUAAUGAACUAUGCAAUGCUAUGCUAAACUGAGCCACUGAACAUACCUGGUAAACAUGGUUGUGUCAGCGCAGGCAUGGAUUCUGCUUUGUAUCAUAUUUAGUUCUUAUUUUUUUAUUUUUUUUAAUGUUUUUUUAAUUGCUCACAUUUUUUUGUCUUUGCCCUUGGUUUCCUUUUUUAGAAAGAGUUUAUAUAUGAUGAUGGAAUCUUUAUGGCUGGAUUGUGGCUGUUUCUGCAGACUAGAAAAGCAAUACAAAUGAAACCACCACUUCCAGUUCGGUUUUUGUAUUUAAAGAUCUUUAUUCACUCACUGGCACUCACUAGUUAUGCCAACUACAGUGUACCUUCCUUUGAAGAGAGCUUGAAUAAAGUAGCGCUAUGGCAGAAAACAA